AUGACAAAAUUCCGGAACUUGAAUGAUGUCUACCCUCUUUCUGAGGAAUAUUCUGGAUCAGGCUCUGGCUCUGGUUCUGGCUCUGGAUCAGGAUCUGGAAGUGGCUUCCUCACUGAAAUGGAAGAGGAAUACCAGCCAGUAGAUGUAAACGGCCCUCUCGACUACUUCAGUAGGCCUCUCAAGACGAAUCUGCCCUCAGACUUCCAGGACUUGGGUCAAGACGUCUCAGAAGAGGAUUUUAUUAUAUAAAAGACAGGGUUUCCCCUUCCUUGACACCAGGCGAUGUAUUCAGUAUAUUUUGUGUACU